AUGAAGUUGGAGCUUCUCGGAGUUGUGUAUAAGGACGAGGAUUCGCUUGUUAGGCUUUUGUCAAGUUGUCAUGCUCUCCAAACUCUGAAUGUGCAACGAAAUAGGGAUGACAAUGUGAUAAAGUUUAGUGUGAGAGUGCCUUCUUUGAAAACAUUAGUUUAUGUUAAUCUUCUUAAUAGUGGUGGAUCUUUGAUUAUAGAUACCCCACGGUUGAAGUAUUUUGAAAUCAAUGAUUCUUCUGAAGAUGAUUUAUUGAUUGAGUGUAUGAAUCCUAGCCUUGUCAUGGCUAGUGUACACGUUACUUCUCACCUGAAUGAACUUUUCUUGAGAUCUCUUUCCUCUGUCUUGUUUCUCAACAUUACUUUGAUCUAUGCAACGGAAGUAUUAUGUAGUGCCACCAACUUCUCUCAACUGAUAGAGUGUAAGCUACGUCCAUGUGGCUCAGACUAUUGGGUAGAAUCAGUUAUGAUGCUGCUUCACAACUCUCCUAAACUUAAAGUUCUUAUGAUAAGUUCUGAGGAUAUAUAUGAAUCCAGAGAUCUCCCUCUUCAAAGUUCUGUUUCAGGAUGCUUGUUGUCUACUCUUGAGGUUUUUGAAUGGAAAGAAUAUGGAGGGACGAGACAAGAGAAACAUCUUUUGACUUAUAUACUUGAAAACUCAAAGUGUUUGAAGACAGCAGGAAUCUCCAUCAUGUCUUGCUACUUUGAUUUUCAGAAAGAGAUGAUAAAAGAGGAGUUAAAAUCGAUAUCAAGGGUUUCAGUAACUUCUCAGCUUUUGUUCUCUGUUAAUUAUAAAUGGAGAUCACUAGCAGAACAUCUUGUUUUUUGA